UUUCUUCGAAGUUGCCUCUUUCACUCUCCCUCUUCCAUUCCACAUCAAACUUAUUUCUUUUCCCUAUUUCAACCUUUCGUCGCCAUUAAAUCAACAUAUGAUUUUCAUUUUAAAUUAUUUUAAUAUUUUUUCUCACUGCUGUUCAUGAUUCCCACAAGAUCGAAUUCAACUUGUUUAUUUCCUUCUUUCUUAUAGAAUUUAGGGCCGCAUCCAUUAAUCUCAUCACCAAACCCUCUUUUAACCUUUUUCAUGUUUUUACCUGUCCUUGCUUUUCUCAUACCCAUAUUUCUCACUUUUGUUGUUUUCCCUUUUACUGGAUGGAUGAAACUUGCCUCCCACUAUGGAUAAGAACACUUCACUGGCAAACAAGCCGACCCUCUUUUCAUUUUUAGUUUACCAUUCUUGAAUUCUCUCCUUCCUCUUCUUUUUAUAUUUUUCUGUUGGGUAUUGCUUAGAUAUGGAUUUUUAGUACCUCUUCCGCGAAACCUUAGCUUUAAGAACAAUGGCUAAGGCAUUGUUGUUGGUUAUUUUCAUCUGGGUACUUCUUAUCGGUUUUGUUUCCUGCCAAAGGCCUAAAUUUGUCAAUAUUGGUGCAGUUUUUACUUUUGAUUCGGUUAUUGGUAGAGCUGCAAGGCCAGCAAUAGAGGCUGCAGUGUCUGAUAUUAAUAGGGAUACAAGAAUUCUCAAUGGGACAGAGCUGAGGCUGUUUACGCAAGAUGCUAAGUGUAAUGUCUUCUUGGGUUCUAUUGGAGCUUUUCAGAUACUUGAGAAACAAGUAGUGGCCAUAAUUGGUCCGCAAUCCUCUGGAAUAGCUCAUAUGAUUUCUGAAAUUGCAAAUGGUCUCCAAGUGCCCCUUGUUUCAUAUGCUGCUACUGAUCCCACUCUAUCUGCCCUUCAGUUCCCCUUUUUUCUGAGAACCACACAAAGUGACUCGAAUCAGAUGGCUGCCAUGGCUGAUUUGAUUGAUUUUUAUGGUUGGAAACAGGUCAUUGCAAUAUAUGUGGAUGAUGAUGCUGGGAGGAAUGGGGUAGCUGCUUUGGAUGAUCAACUUGAAAAGAAAAUGGCAAAAAUAUAUAAAAUGAAGUUGUCUGUCAAUUUUGAUGAAAGUGAGAUAAUGGAUUUGCUUAAGCAAUCCAAACUGCUUGGUCCUCGUGUUUAUGUUGUUCAUGUUAAUCCAGACCCCAGAUUGAGAAUCUUUACCAGUGUCCAAAAACUUCAAAUGAUGAAUGACAAUUAUGUUUGGCUUGCAACAGAUUGGCUUUCAACUACAAUAGAUUCAUUCUCUCAGAUGAAUCAAACUUCACUUGGUGCUCUUCAAGGAGUGGUUGGGCUUCGUCAACAUAUUCCAGAGUCUAGCGAGAAGAAAUCUUUUCUGUCUCGAUGGAGAGUAAUGCAGCAGAAGGGUUCUGCAAGUUCUGAGCUGAAUACCUAUGGGCUUCAGGCCUAUGAUACAGUUUGGGCAGUUGCUUAUGCAAUUGAUAGGUUCAUUUAUGAAUUCAGGAAUAUUACAUUUUCUUCCAAUGACAAGCUAAAUGGCAUGAAAACAUCAGAAUUACGGCUGGACCAGCUCAAAGUCUUUAACAAUGGAAGCAAUCUACGUAACAGAAUAUUGCAGACGAACUUCACUGGUUUAAGUGGUCACAUUCAAUUUAAUCAUGACCAGAACAUUGAGAGUGGUGGUUAUGAUGUCAUUAAUAUUGAGCAUAUGUCCAUUCAUAUAGUUGGUUAUUGGUCUAAUGUCUCAGGUUUCUCACUUUUACCUCCAGAGACUCACCAAGGGGAUCAAACUAACAGUUCUCGUGUGGAUCAGAAGCUUCAAAAGAUUACUUGGCCUGGUGGAAAGAUUGAAAGGCCACGUGGUUGGGUAAUUGCUGACAAUGAAAGACCAUUGAGAAUUGGAGUGCCAUACAGAGCUAGUUUUGUUGAUUUUGCUACCAAAGUAAACAAGAGCCACAAAAUCGAGGGAUAUUGUAUAGAUGUGUUCCUUGAAGCAAGGAAACUAGUUCCUUAUGACGUGCCUUACAGGUUUGAGCUUUUUGGGAAUGGUCGGUUCAAUCCCAAUUAUAAUGAGCUCAUACGGAUGGUGGCAGCAGAUGUGUUUGAUGCAGCUGUUGGAGACAUUGCAAUUGUAACAAACCGGACAAAGAUAGUGGAUUUUUCUCAGCCUUAUGCUGCUACUGGUCUUGUCAUUGUGGCUCCAGUCAGGAAUUCAAAAUCAAGUGCUUGGGUGUUUCUUAAACCAUUCACCGUGGAGAUGUGGUGUGUCACAGCAGCAUCUUUUGUAAUGAUUGCCGUGGUUAUUUGGGUUCUUGAACAUCGAGUUAAUGAUGAUUUCAGGGGUCCUCCUAGAAAGCAGAUUGUGACAAUGUUCAUGUUCAGCUUCUCAACACUAUUCAAGGCAAAUCAAGAAACUACCGUAAGUCCACUUGGACGCAUGGUGAUGGUAAUAUGGCUUUUCUUAUUGAUGGUCAUAACUGCAAGCUAUACAGCAAGUUUGACUUCUAUUCUUACUGUUCAGCAGCUUUCAUCACCCAUUACUGGUAUUGAAAGCUUGAUUGCAAGUAAUUGGCCUAUCGGAUACCAAGUAGGGUCAUUUGCCUAUGGCUACCUAUCUGAAAGUCUUUAUAUACCUCCUUCUAGACUUGUUUCUCUUAAGUCCCCAGUGGAGUAUGAAAAAGCAUUGAGGCUAGGCCCAAAUAACGGUGGUGUGGCUGCAAUAGUAGAUGAGCUUCCAUAUGUAGAGCUUUUUCUCACAAACCAAAGUCAAUUUGGGAUCAUUGGGCAACCAUUUACCAGGGGUGGAUGGGGAUUUGCUUUUCAAAGAGAAUCUCAACUUGCUGUUGACAUGUCUACUGCAAUUCUAAAACUUUCCGAGACUGGUGAGCUUCAGAGGAUCCAUGAGAGAUGGUUCUGUAAGAAGGGCUGCGCUGGAGAGAAGAGGCGAAAUUCUGAGCCUAACCGACUGCAUUUGAUCAGCUUCUGGGGUCUAUAUCUUCUGUGUGGUGUCUUCACUAUUUUAGCCCUUCUAGUAUUUCUACUAAGAGUGGUUCGCCAAUUUGUGCGCUAUAAACGUAGGCAAAUGGAACUGGCUUCUUCAUCCUCAAAUUCAUCAACCACUCACUGCUCUCAAGUCAUUUUUCACUUUUUUGACUUCAUUGAUGAGAGAGAAGAAGCCAUCAAGAAAAUGUUCGCCCAGUGUGAGAAUUCUACGCCCAAAUGAGCUUGGAAAGAUCAAACAACUGUUCCAAGGAAAUCAAAGGACUUGCAAAUGAUGUUGAUUGAAGGAUUUGGCAUUGAAUAGAUUUUAGUUCAUGUGUAUACUCAUUAUAUCCUGCAAGUGUAGAGAACCCAGCAAUGUAGAUAGAUACCUUGUCAAUAUUACUUAAAAUGGUGUAAAAAUAGUAUGACAAGUUUUCACCCUCUACCUAUAGUGGAAUAGCAUGUAAUAUUUUAGAUAAA